AUGGGCAAUGUCUGUGCUAUAGACUUCGGUACGCAAAGGUGUAUGGGCAAUGUCUGUGCCAAAGAAUUCUGUACGCACAGGUUUAUGGGCAAUGUCGGUGCUAACGACUUCCGUACGCAAGGUUUAUGGGCAAUGUCUGUGCUAACGACUUCGUACGCAAGGUUUAUGGGCAAUGUCUGUGCUCAAGACUUCCGUACGCAAAGGUGUUUGGGCAAUGUCUGUGCUAACGACUUCCGUACGCAAAGGUGUAUGGGCAAUGUCUGUGCUAAAGACUUCGGUACGCAAAGGUGUAUAGGCAAUGUCUGUGCUAAAGACUUCGGUACGCAAAAGCUUACGGGCAAUGUAUGUGCAAACGACUUCGGUACGCAAAGGUGUAUGGGUAAUGUCUGUGCUAAAGACUUCGGUACGCAAAGGUGUAUGGACAAUGUCUGUGCUAAAAACUUCCGUACGCAAAGUUUUAUGGGCAAUGUCUGUGCAAACGACUUCCGUACGCAAAGGUGUAAGGGCAAUGUCUGUGCUAACGACUUCGGUACGCAAAGGUGUAUGGGCAAUGUCUGUGCUAUAGACUUCGGUACGCAAAGGUGUAUGGGCAAUGUCUGUGCCAAAGACUUCUGUACGCACAGGUUUAUGGGCAAUGUCUGUGCUAACGACUUCCGUACGCAAGGUUUAUGGGCAAUGUCUGUGCUAACGACUUCCGUACGCAAGGGUUAUGGGCAAUGUCUGUGCUAA